GAGGGCCAGUUCACACUACAUGCAUUUCAGUUGCUUUUUUUCUGCAUCCAAAAUGCACAGAAAGUAGGUUAUAUAGUUGUCAAUGUCAUAGUUAACAUCAGUGCUUGUAGUUCCAGUACGUUCCGUUUGCAGAAAAAAAGUAGAACAUGCUGUAUUUUUUCUGCACAGAGUUGUACUGGAACGUGGAAAAACACAUAACAAUGCACCAAAAAUGCACUGGAACGCACAUAUCGCUAUUUAAAUUGAAGAAAAAGAGAGGGACAAAAAUGAACUGGGAAGCAUAA